UAAAAACUUAAAUAGGAAAGGUAAAAAGCUUGCUGAGAUUAGUGAAAAUUCAUCGACAUCCGAGUGACCAAAAUGCUACCCGCUGUUCAGCAAAAAUUGAGUGAUAUAUUCCUUUAUCUCGAGGUGAAGCAGCGCGUGGUGCUCGUCUGCUUUACCCUUCUGGCCAUCAUUAAUGCCUAUACGAUGCGACUGUGCCUGGACUUUGCCCUCAACCGAAUUGUCCUGGAAUGCGGUGGUGUCCGGAUGGAUCAGGGUGCUCAAAUUAUUGCGCCAAAGAGCCUGCCUAACUGGCGAGUGGAACUGGCUAUGAGGACCAAGCAAACUGAGUUCAAUGUCAAGAAUCGACUGGAAGCUGGGCAGGAACCAAGAAAACGUGUCCGCAGGAGGACGAGGGGAGGAGUGGAAAAAGUCUCCAGCAAGCCUGCAUCAGAGCUCUCCCCAGAUAAGGUUACCUGUGCGGAAAUGUGGUCCCGGCAAACUCAAUCGCUGGUCGUGGUGGCCUUCUACGUCGGUUAUAUAAUAACCCAUGUCCCGGGAGGACGAUUGGCGGAACAAUAUGGAGGAAAGUGGGUCCUAGGAGUGGCCAUCCUCACUUCGGCGGUGCUGACUCUUCUUACACCGGCUGCAGUGCGUCGGGGUGGCCCCUAUAUCCUGCUAUGUGUCCGUCUUUGUGUUGGGCUUUGCGAGGGCCCCUGUUUUCCGGCGGUGUGCGCCCUCCUGGCUCAGUGGGUACCCGAGCAGGAGCGCGGAUUGCUGGCCACUUGUGUCCUCAGCGGUGGAGAGAUUGGCAUAACCGUGGUGCAGUUGGUCAGCGGACUGGUUCUGGCCGAGCAGGACUGGCCGAUAGCUUUCUAUCUAGUUGGAAGCGGGGCGAUUCUUUGGUUUCUGGGCUUCGCUCUUGUCUGCUACAGUAAGCCAGACGCGUGUCCCUUUAUCCAGGACGAUGAACGGGAAUACAUCAGAUCCCAUACAAGUGCCGACCUGCUAGUGACAGCCAACAGAGAAGCACCAAACGAAGAAGACAGACCCUUGGAACCUGCCGGCAAUGGCGACGCUGAUCCUGCUGCGCCUUGGCGCAGUAUUCUGACGAGUGGACCGUUAUGGGCGCUUGUCUCCGCCUCCUUGCAGCAUGACUGGAACAAUCAGGAGCUACCCCAGGAGCUGCAGCAGGCCCUCGAUGAGGUAAAACGCCAUGGCAGUGACGUGUGGAGCGAACUUUCAGCUACCAUUGCAGUUGCCGCCCCGCAUAUCGGUACCUGGGUAGCUUCUCUAAGCAGUGGUCGCCUUAGCGACUUCCUGAUCUCCCAGGGCAUCCUAAGUCGCACCCAAACUCGUCGCCUCAUGUCCUGGCUGGUCUUUGUCUGCGGCUCCAUGAACAUGCUGCAGGACCAGAUAAACGGAUCACAGAUUUGGAGCGUUCUGGCCAUGGCCGCUUAUUACGCGGGAAUAAAGCUACUGCCCUUGGACAUGAGUCCGAACUUCGCCGGCACAGUGAUGGGAAUAUCCGGAGGGCUAGCCGCUCUUCCCGACCUGUUAAUGCCCUAUUUUCAACAGCUGGAAGCAAAUCACCCCGUCGUGGGCAGCGUGAAAGCUGCCCUCUGGAUUAUCGGCGCCAGCUACAUCUCCGGCGAUGUGCAGGACUUUAACCAACCCGAACCGCAACAGCGAUAAGAACA